AUGUCUUUAACACCGGAGACUUCUACAACGGUUGAUCAGCAAACUGAUCAUUUAUGUGUUAAACAAUUGAUUUGUGAUGAUGCACAAUGUCGUGAAAGAAUUUCAAAUAAAGCCAAACGAAUCAACGAUGAAAUAAAAAAUGAUUUUCAUAAAAUUGUUCAAAAUAAUACAGAAGAUGAUCAAACAAACUUUAAUUCAACUUGGAAUAUAUUAUGUUUGAUUAGUGAAAAAAUUUCUAACCAAUUGAUUUUUCUUUUUCACAACGAUAAAAUUCCUCUAAUUAUUGAAAAGUACAUUAAACAUAAAAGUACGAAGCAUGCUUUUGAAAAAAACCUCAAUUAUGAAAUGUAUCAAAAUUUCGAGGGAUUUAUUAUGAAUGAACAAUUAUGA